AAACGCGCCGAAUUUCGAACCCUCUGGAAUCUCGCCAUCCGGCAUAUAAAAAUCUGGCUCUUCCGAUCUGAUAAUUUCGCGACCAAGCAAACUCUGAUCGGAAAAUCUUUAGACUACCGGAGCUCUGAGGGAAUCAGUUUUAAGCGGUUUAAAGGAAAAUACGAUUCCGACCGCCGUGCGUCCAGCCUCCUUCAAUUCGCCAGGAUCGAAAGUUCGUCGUUUCUGCGAAUUGUAGCUAUAAAUUUCGUGCUCUCUGCUUUAUCUCUUUCCUUUUCUCCCGGCUCUGUCCGCUUGUUGUCCUUGAUUGUAGGCUAGUUCUGUGCGGCGUUGGUGAUAGGUAACGUGUCGGUGACUUGCUGAUUUGUUUUUUCCUGCUCGCUAACAUCGUUUGGCUUGGUAGCUUAGAUGGUAUGGCGAAUUUGUUGAAACGACUGGUUUCGGUUUCCGCUUGCUUGCUGUCUGAUACUGCUAAUGGUGAAUUUAUGUUAUGGGUGGCCGGGCCGGAAAUGUAUCUUCCGGUCUUUGCUAUACUUGUUGAGUUGAUUGAGUAAUGCUAACAUGUGAUUGUGUGAAGUGACGUAUGGGGGAAUCCAAGUUAAUACUGCAGCACUGAGUGCCUUAGAGGAUCAUUACCUGAUCUUGAGCCUGUAGUGAUAGAUUUUUGUUACUAGUCUCUUGUAGAAUCGAUCCCUGAAACGUACCAGUCCUUGACACAGUCUGGUAGGCUUUCGUUCUUGAAAUUUAAGUUAACUUAAUUGUACAUCCCCUUCAUCUGCGCUCCUCCGUAGAAGGAAUUGCCAAUUUAGGAGUGUUGAUCAGUCAUUCAGUUCCCUUCUUUCUCAGGUGCUUACUGAUAACUUCUGUUGAGAUUGGAGUCCAAUUAAGCUGGCGAGUAGCUUUGUGAAGUUUUAGGUCUAAUUCUAGGAAAUGGACGAGUUGUUCCAGGGUGCGAUGUUAGGCCAAGUGAUUAUGUAGUAAGUCAUUAGGUAGCAUCUCUCAAGUUGGGUCUUCAAACAUUGCUCAAGAAUGAAUGUGCUUCUCUAUACCCGACUUUGGAAAUGUGAGCGCCAGAAGCAUGGAUUGGUUUCCUGGUGAUGAGCAAUGCUGUGUUUAUGAGAGAACCAGAAGGGACGGCGACCUUCGAAUGUCAGGCUUAACAAAUGGUGGUAACUUCUUCCUCGAAUCUGGGUUGCCAUCUUUUCAACCUGACAGCCCAAAACAACUUCUAUAUGUUUGUCUUCCCAUCUUCCCUUCUUGUAUCCAAGAAUCAAGCUGGUCCAAGGUUCAUGGACUUUGCCGCCGCUGUUAGCUAGUAGUGUCCAAAUUACAGCUCAAGCUUCUGAAUUCUUGUACUGUUCUUCCGAGUAUGUAGAUGCUGCAACAAUGUGAUGAAGCUGGUAUUUAAAGGGAACGAGGCUUUUGUUUGCUGUCGACCAUGGAGUCUGAUCUACCUUCACGAAACUCAAUUUAUUAUGUAUCGGUUUCCUACGGUCAAUUGGACAGAACGGAGGCCUCUGUUCCCGAAACAUGAACUUUUUUAGUUUUGGGUAAGUUCAUGUCAGAAGAGACUUGAAUCUGAGUUGCUGGCCGAGGUUCUUCAUUCGUGGAUCUGUUGGUCAUGUCCAGAAUAGUUGGACUUUUGUUCUGGGACUUCUUCUUCAAGGAAUCAAGUGGUUAUGAAACUCUUUAUCCGUAUUGGAGUUUCUCAGUGCUGCAUGAGUUGUUGUAUGGGACCUUGUAGCUCUUGUUUGGAUAAUUCUUCUAUUGGCGCAUUGCCACUUCCAGUGUGGAGCUGUGCAGCAUUAGUUGGAUAAUGCGCUUGCUAAAUUUUCAAUAUGUCUGCAGCAGUGUAGAAGAAACCAAAGAUCUGCUAUGCUGUUCCGGUGGCUUGACCAGGUCUGUGGCUUGUGAGGUUUUGGAAACGUUUCUAAACAGCUUUCCAUAUGCAGGUGCUGUAGCUACCUGGCUGCUUCUAGAUAUCCAUCAUUGUCUUGAUAAGAUGGGAGAGGCAGAAAUUAUGAGUCUUGGCUUUGAUAACAUAAAAAUCAGGAGUCUGUUGGCUCAGAAAAAGAAUCAGGAGACUAUUAGCUCAAAUUUUCAGCAGCUGAAUGGCGAAUGCGAGUCAAAAGACAGAAUGACUACUGACAUGCUUGAGAAGGGGUUAAUGGAGUAUGGAUGCCCUCAUUAUCGUCGAAGGUGUCGCAUUAGAGCUCCUUGUUGCAAUGAAGUUUUCACUUGCCGUCAUUGUCAUAAUGAAGCAAUAAACGACAUUAACGUUGAUCAGAAACUGAGGCAUGACAUGCCACGGCAUGAAGUUAGACAGGUGAUAUGCUCACUUUGUGGCACGGAGCAGGAGGCUCAACAAGUUUGUAGGAACUGUGGUGUAUGCAUGGGGAAAUACUAUUGUGAAACCUGCAAGCUGUUUGAUGAUGAUCAGAUAUCAAAGAGACAAUAUCAUUGUGAUGGCUGUGGGAUAUGCAGAAUCGGAGGACGUGGAAAUUUCUUCCACUGCGACAAGUGUGGCUGUUGCUACUCUAUCCACCUGAGAAACAGUCACCCUUGUGUGGAGGGCGCAAUGCAUCAUGAUUGCCCUGUGUGUUUCGAGUACUUAUUCGAGUCUAGACAGGAUGUAACUGUCCUGCCUUGUGGACAUACAAUUCAUCAAGGCUGCCUGAAGGAGAUGCAGGAACAUUAUCAGUAUGCCUGCCCUUUGUGUUCAAAGUCAGUUUGUGACAUGUCCAAGGUGUGGGAAAAAUUCGACAUGGAAAUCGCGGCUACCCCAAUGCCGGGACCUUACCAGGGCAAAAUGGUUCGGAUACUCUGUAACGAUUGUGGCAGAACCUCCCAAGUGCAGUUCCAUAUCGUGGCUCAGAAAUGCACGCAUUGCAAAUCCUACAACACUCGCCAAACAAGAAGCUGAAGCAAGAUGUAUGCCAUGCAUCACUUAAUCGAUACGAAAAUGAGGCUGCUGGCUGUGAUUUAUCAUAAUCUUGGUCCUUCCUGCCGACUGCAGUUUCCACCUGGCCUGGAGCCAUGAUCUCUCUACUUGGAGAUGGAGCUCAUUGUGAUGAACCUCGCCUCCUCCCCCCUCUCUCAGCUUACACUAUUAUUUUUCUCGCUCUGUUCAUCUUUCAUUCCGAUAAGUCGUUAUUUGUAAUUCUGUAUGUCGUUUGCUGGGUCUCUACUCCAUAUGUUUGUCAAAUGUCCAGAAUUGUUGGGGUGCUUCAAUUCUUCAGGGCAUGAAGUGACGGUGGAACUGUAAUGGGUAAUGGAUUUUCUCAGCAUGAUUUGUUGUAGUUGUUGUUGUUAUGGGAUACCUAUGGUUAUGGAUGCGUAUUGCCUCUUUUGAGUGGAGUUGUGCAGCAAAGAUAUGCUACACUGUUUCCGUGGCUUAUGACUGUUAUGAAAGGUCCAUUGUGGUCGGCUUGGAUGAAAAAAUUAGGGUUAAUUGCAUA